CUAAACUAGUUUCAAAAUAAUUUUACUAUUUAGUUCUUUAACAAAUGCAUCAGCAUUACCGUGGCCUAGAAGUAUAAUAUAUGAAGUCAAUACUAAUAUCUGAUUGGUUUAUGGUUGGAUAGGAGACAGUGACAUUUCUUCAACCGUAGCCAAAUACCAGAAUAUUGUACUACUAAUUGGCAUUAAGUAUUAAUUACUCACCAACUUGAAAUGAAACUUCCCCUUUUAACAUGGGGGUCACCUUUGUAUUUUUUCAUUUCCAUUCAUGUUCUCUUGGUUGGAGACCUCCUCCCUCUUGUUUAUUUCUUCCACUUCUACCAGCUGAGUGGGGGAGACAUUGAAGGAAGGCAGGUGGGGAAGUAACGUGUAAUGGCCUCUGAGAGAGACUAUUUUCACCUCUCUGGACCCUUACAUCUAACUUAUGUCAAUUGGGAUCAUGCAUAUCAUCGAAAGUCAGUAGCUGCUAGCUUGGUUCAAGGAGUCUAUGUUCUAGAAAAAGACCGACAAGAACAACGGAAAGGUCCCGAUUCUAUAGCAUUUCCUUGGUGGGCAUUCUUUCACUUUCAGCUGCUUCAUACACUAGUUGAUGAUGUUGAUAACUCCAUAUUUGGUGCAAUUUAUGAAUUCAAGCCUCCACCGUAUAUGUGCAAUAACACCUUACAUAGAAGUCCAUGUUAUGUAAUUGCAUUUCGAGGGACUAUAACCAAAGCAGACUCAGUUUCACGUGAUAUUGAGUUGGAUCUCCAAUUUCUCAAAAAUGGACUUCAUCGAACUUCACGCUCAGAGAUAGCUAUCGGAGCUGUGAGAAACCUGGUGGCUAGUGUUAGUGGUAAUGGUUCGAAUAUAUGGUUGGCUGGUCACUCUCUAGGAUCUGGCAUGGCAUUGCUUGCCGGGAAAACAUUGGCUAAAAAUGGCACAUUCAUCGAGUCUUUUCUUUUUAACCCUCCAUUUGCAUCUGCUCCAAUUGAGAGAAUUAGAAGUAAGAAAGUGAAACAUAGACUUCGAAUUGCUAGCAGCGUCAUUACAGCUGGACUCGCCAUUGCUAUGAAUUCGGACAAGAAAAGUUCUUCCUUUGAUUCGUUUGAUGCGUUGUCAGCUUGGAUUCCAUGCUUAUUUGUGAAUCCAUCUGACUAUAUAUGUUCGGAGUAUGUCGGAUACUUUGAACAUAGAAGAAAAAUGGAGGAGAUUGGUGCUGGAAGCAUUGAGAAGCUAGCAACACAAAACUCACUUGGUUCUCUAAUGAUGAAUAUGUUUGGUAAGGAAUCUGAACCUCUGCAUCUCAUUCCUUCAGCUACUCUGACUGUGAAUUUUACUCCUCCAAAGUGUUUCAGAGAAGCUCAUGGGAUUCACCAGUGGUGGAAACCAGAUUUACAGCUGGAAUCUAAGCUCCACAAAUACUUGUAGUUCUUCUAGUUAUUGUAAAACGAGCAGCAAAUGCUAUUAAAGUUGUAAUUUUAAGAACAUUUCUUUAACAAAUGUACCUUUUAAGAGUGAUGAGAUGGAGAUGAUAGGUAUGCUGGAUUGAAUAUACGGGUUGGUGGUUUAAAAGAGAAUCAGAGUCAUGAGGUUACUUUUCCUAAUUUUGUUUUAACUAUGUUAUUGGUGCGAAAUUUCAACCUUGUCUAUGGUUAAUCUACACUGAAAAAUUUAUCUAGCCAACUUUAGUUUGGUCUUCCAUUUGAA